AUGGCGCGUAUCCUCCUGGGCAGAUACUGUCACUCUACCCCUUUCCUUCGCAGUGUACCACCAACCAAUACGUCUCAUGGGUGGCGUGGGAUAUGCAUAGGAAAAGACCUCCUGGAGAAACAACUCUCGAAAGUUAUUGGUAAUGGACAUCAGACAUCUCUUUGGAGUGAACCGUGGCUAUCACUGGAAACUGCCCUAGCUCCUAUGGGACCACCAACAAAGGAGACCCAGUUUGAUACAGUGGCGACCUUGAUCUCACCAACUACAAAACACUGGGACAGAGAAAAAAUCAGACAGGUCUUAUCGGAGCUGGAACAGACCAUUUUGGAGAUUAAAGUAAGCACAAAAGGGGCUGAGGAUACCUUCGUAUGGCUACCAACCAAAAAUGGCGUUUACUCGACCAAAUCAGGGUACUAUGAAAGUAUCAAAAAGGAAAGUUUAGCAACUUUGCAAUGCCCACUUGCAAUCAGUAAUUUCAACUGGUUAGGCGAAGUGUGGAACAUCCAAUCCUCUCCGAAGAACAAGUUACUACUCUGGAAAGCUAUGAAAGGGGCUUUACCUACUGGUGAAAACUUGCGAAAACGAAACAUUAUGACGGAGACCCGAUGCCCUUUCUGUGGGGAGAUGGAAACUAGUGAACAUCUUUUCAUCAGAUGA